AUGCACUUUUUGAUUGUUGGUAGCACAGGAACAAUGCCUGAGAAAAGCACAGCUGAGAACCUUAUUGAAAACUUUGUUGACACAUUUGUGGAGAAGAAAAAAUCUGUAUCAUUCUUUGAGGGUGAGAAGUCAGACUCAGUGAGUUCCCAGAUCAAUAGACUGUUUGGACGCGAGAAACCAGUGCACCAUAUUUUAGGGGGUGGAAAAUCUGCUGAUGUCUUGUUAUGGAGGAACAAGAAGAUUUCUGCCAGUGUUUUAGCUAGUGCAACGGUUGUUUGGGUGCUUUUUGAAUGGCUUAACUAUCAUUUUCUUACUCUUUUAUGCUUUGCAUUGGUUCUUGUCAUGCUUGCACAGUUUCUAUGGUCAAAUGCUUCUGGCUUUUUCAACAGAGCGUCAUCUGAUGUACCUCGGCUUGCUGUCCCGGAAGAACUCUUUGUGAAUAUUGCAACUAUAGUUGGUGGUGAGGUUAACCGGGGUUUGAGGUUUCUUCAAGAUGCUUCUUGUGGGGGAAACUUGAAGCAGUUUCUUAUUUCUGUUGACAUCCAUGACCGGAUCUUCCAUGCCAGAUCUGAGAAAUAG